ACAACUCGUAAAUUGCAGGGCAUCUGCCGCCUGCCCAACGGCUUUGUCCUGUUUGUCGACCGCGCCCUCCCUGGCGAGCGCCUGACGGCAAGGGUGGUGCAGAGCAAGCGGUCCUUUGCCAAGGCUGCCAAGCUGCAGACGCUGCGCCCACACGCGGCAGCGGCAUCGCCCGUGUGCCCGCACUUUGGCCCCUGCGGCGGCUGCAGCCUGCAGAGCCUGCAGUAUGUGGCGCAGCUGAAAGCCAAGAAGCAACAGGUGGCGGACCUGCUGAGGCGCACAGCGGGCGUUGCUGACGUGGCCGCUGUGCUCCGCCCCAUCGUUGGCUGCCCUCCGGGGCACCAGUAUGCUUACAGGAAUAGAAUGGAGUUUAGCUUCUCUCGGGAGCCGGGAGGGCAAGAGGCAGGCAGCGCUCCAGCAGCGGGCAGCAGCCAUGGCAGCAGGCCACUGCGGCGCGCAGCAGCAGCAGCAGCAGCACCAGCCUCGGGCGGCAGCAGCGCAGGUGCUGCAGCAAGGCCGGAGAGAGGCCUGGUGCUGGGCCUGAAGCUGCCGGGCUCAAACACCGCAGUGCUGCCCAUCGGCCGCUGCGACCUUCAGCCGGAUGCCGCCAACCAGCUGCUGCAGCGCGUGCUGCAGCUGUGCAGGCAGCACGGCCUACAGCCGCACGACCCCGCUGCACGCAGCGGCCUGCUGCAGCACGUCGUCAUCCGGCGAGGCACAUUCGGAAGCAGCAGCAGGGCCAGCAGCAGCAGCAGCAGCAGCAGCAGCAGCAGCAGCAGCAGCAGCGGCAGCAGCGGCGGCGCGGGCGCAGGCGAACGAGGGUGGCACGGAGGUGGCUGGCUAAGCCUCCUGUGCUUGGCUGGGCAUCCUGUGGACAGGUUGUGGACACAGAAGAGAGUGGGGUGCCUGCCUGCUGCCGCCGUGGCCCUGCAGGUAUCAGCCAACAGCUUCUUCCAGACCAACACGCGGCAGGCUGAGGCGCUGUACGGGCUGGUGGCGGCGGCUGCAGGUCUGCGCGCCACCGAUGUACUGCUGGACCUGUACUGCGGCACCGGCAGCAUCGGCCUGACCCUGGCCGCCGCCUGCCGGCAUGUGCACGGCGUGGAGGUCAGCGCGGCGGCGGUGCGGGAUGCGGAGCGCAAUGCUGCGCUCAAUGGCAUCGCAAACGCUUCCUUUCUCCAGGGCGACCUGCAGAAGCUGCAGCUGCAGGGGCUGCUGCCGCAUCCAGACGUCGUGGUCGUCGACCCCGCCAGGCCCGGCCUCUCCCCUGCCGUUGUCGACUAUCUGCGCGAGUGCGGCGCCCGCCGCGUCGUCUACGCCCGGGACAUUGCGCUUCUAUGCGGGGGCGGCGGCGGCGGCGGCGGUGCAGCGCCAUACCGCCUCGUGUCGGUGCAGCCCUGCGACCUGUUCCCGCAGACGUGGCACGUGGAGACUGUGGCCGUGCUGGAUGCGCAGCGUGCCUAA